AUGUCGAAGAGGGAGGAGUACCCGGGCGACGACAACUAUUCCUCUGUCAACCACGUCGCGGACGCCUUGGAGACGCCGGCGACGGCUGGUCACGAUGCAGAGGCUGACCCGUUCGCAGAGGAAACCGGGUCUGAGCCAAAGUCGGUGCCCGAGACGCCGGACCAGGAGAGCGGGAUGGUGGGAGCGGCCACGAAAUCCAGCGGGGCGAAGCGGCGGAAGGGGAAGAAGCCCAUCUCGGAGCUCGCGCCGCUCGAGUUCUCCGGCCGCUUCGCGGGCGGGCUCCGCGCCGACCUGCUGCGCCGCGUGCCGCUCUACGUGUCGGACUGGACCGAGGCCUUCACCGGCGGCAAUUGCAUGAAGACGACCGCCUCCAUCUGCUUCCUCUUCUUCGCCUGCCUCUCGCCCGCCGUCACCUUCGGCGCCGCCUUCGCCGACGCGACCGACAACCAGCUCGGCGUCAUCGAGACGAUCAUCUCGUCUGGCAUGUCGGGCCUCAUCUACUCCUUCCUCUCGGGCCAGCCCCUCUGCAUCCUCGGCGCGACCGGCCCCGAGCUCGCCUUCCCCGUCGUUUUUUACGAGAUUUGCCAAUGGGGGGGGAUGGAGGUCGACUUCCUGGCGGCGCGCGUCUGGCAAGCGCUGUGGUGCUCGCUCUUCACGAUCAUCGUCGCGCUCUUCGACCUCUCGGCGUGCAUGAAGGUGUGCACAAGGUUCACCGAGGAGAUCUUCUCCUUCCUCAUCUCGAUCAUCUUCAUCGUCGGCGCCUUCACCACCCUCAUCAAGCUCUACCUCGCCGACCCCGACGUCGAGGGCGACGACCCGGCGGCGCCGGCCAACCGCGCAAAGGCCUUCCUCGGCACGCUGCUCGGCCUCUUCACCUACUUCACCGCCAUGUGGUGCCGCGCCUUCCCCAAGCGCAACGAGACGACGCCGCUCGUCCGCAAGCUCGUCGCCAACUACGGCGUCACCCUCUCCAUCCUCCUCUACUCGGGCAUCAACUACGGCUUCCGCGACGUCGACGUGCCCUGCCUCGACAUGCCGGACGAGAUUGUGCCCACCGCGACGCUCAACGGGACCGGCGAGUCGCGCGGCUGGUUCGUCAACCCGUUCGGGGACGAGACCGCCUCCGGCUACGACACGCCCGGCGUCGGCUUCAUCUUCUUCGCCGCCGUGCCGGCGCUCGGCCUCGCCGUGCUCGGCUACCUCGACCAGAACCUGACGACGCUGCUCAUCAACCGCAAGGACCACAACCUGAAGAAGGGCGGCGCGUACCACCUCGACCUCCUCGUGUGCGGCAUCUUCAUCUACCCCAUCUGCGGCUUCUUCGGCCUCCCCUUCACGCACGCCGCGACCGUCCGCUCGAUGUCGCACCUCAUGUCGCUCAUGACGCGCGAGGACUCCACGAACGAGCACGGCCAGACGGUCUCCAAGGUGACCAACGUGGUCGAGCAGCGGGUGACGCACCUGGGCAUCCACUGCCUCCUCCUCGCCGCGCUCGGCCUCUCCGCGGUGCUCACCAAGAUCCCGAAGGUGGUCCUGGCGGGCGUCUUCCUCUACAUGGGCGUCACGGCGCUGCCAGGCGUGCAGCUGUACGAGCGGCUCUGGCUGUGGCUCAUCUGGGACCCGAAGAAGUACCCGCAGUACGACUACGUGACCCAGGUGGCGCGCAAACCGCUCCACCUCUAUACGCUCUUCCAGUUCUCCUGCCUCGCCGUCCUCUACGCCCUGACCAAGGUGCCAAACCCGUACAUCUCGGUCAUCUUCCCAUUCUUCAUCGCCUUCCUCCCCCUGAUCCGCAAGCUGGUGCCAAAGUGCUUCCCCUCCGUCUGGAGCAAGGAGGACCUCAAGGCGCUCGACAAGUAA